UAAGACCACUAAGAGCUUUUCCUUUAGUUAGCACACGAUUCUUAUACUCUUACCGUUAGUAAAAAGAUCACGCUCCCGGUAGUCCGGCUAUAGACUUUUUGUUCCGUGAAAGGAUCACUGAUCGCUAGGAAGUUAAUUAAAUAACUUCAGAUAUAUAGUAAACCUGCAUAAAUAAUUAAUUUUUUCUCUACCCAAUCAUCAGCCGAAUUAGAAUCCAAACAUACCCAAUUUUUGGAGUAAAAAAAUCAAAAUAUACUUUUAAAAAAUAGUCUAAGUCACUUUGAUUGCGACGAAGUUACUCAGGUUGACUGAAUAAUAUUUUUGUAUUUCAAAUCUUGUUAUUGAUGUAAAUAAAAUACAAUUGACCUCUACUUCAAAUAAUAUUUUUAUUUUCAAAGAUGCUUAUAUGUAUACACAAAACAAAUUUCUAAGGAUUUAAAUGUAUUACGGUCAACGACUUUCACCAAUAACGUAUUAUAAUAUUAAAAUCUGUCCAUUAUUCAUUCCAAGCUUGUCGGUCCAACAAAGAUUUCGAUACAUAUUUUUGAAGAGAGCUUUUGAUGAUAUUUAUUUAAUCAAAUAAUAUGGGUAAACCUGAUGACGAUAUAAAUCAAGAAUCUUCAGGCAUAGAUUCCUUAGUCUUCGGCCAUGAAGUUACGAAAAGUAAAGAAUCUAGUACAUUAGUAUUCUAUGUUAAUGGUCAGGAGAUACAAGAUAGUAACGUGAAUCCUGAAUGGACGCUCUUAUAUUAUAUUCGUAACAAAUUAAAAUUAAGUGGAACUAAAUUAGGAUGUGCCGAAGGUGGUUGUGGCGCGUGUACUGUAAUGGUAUCACGAAUCGACCGAUUAACUGGAAGAAUACUUCAUUUGGCUGUAAAUGCAUGUCUCGCCCCAGUAUGCAGCAUGCAUGGUAUGGCUGUAACUACAGUGGAAGGUAUUGGAAGUACAAGAACAAAGCUCCAUCCAGUUCAAGAACGAAUUGCUAAAGCUCAUGGGUCUCAAUGCGGUUUUUGUACUCCUGGAAUAGUAAUGUCAAUGUAUGCUCUCUUACGCACAAUGCCUAAGCCAUCGAUGCAUGAUUUAGAAGUUGCUUUUCAAGGCAAUCUUUGUCGUUGUACGGGAUAUCGACCUAUCAUUGAAGGUUUUCGGACAUUCACGGAAGAAUGGGAACAAUCUCAAUUAGAAAGGAAAGUAAAUAAAAGUGGAAAUUCGUGCCAGCAAGUAUGUGCAAUGGGAGAAGCUUGCUGCAAGAAAGCAUUUACAUCAGAAGUACCAAUAGAACUAAUUAAUUCAAAUAAAUUUCAAGUAUAUGAUCCAACACAAGAGGUCAUAUUUCCACCGAAAUUAAAACUAUGCGAUGAUUUAGACAAAGAAUACCUUAUUAUCAAAGGUAAAGAAGUUACUUGGUAUCGACCAACAACCCUAAAAGAACUUCUAUUACUAAAAAAAAAACAUCCUACUGCUAAAAUAGUAGUUGGUAAUACUGAAGUCGGUGUUGAAGUUAAAUUUAAACACUUUGUUUAUCCAGUGUUGAUACAUCCCAUACAAAUAAAGGAAAUGCGAGAGCUUACAGUUUAUGAAAAUGUACUAAAAGUUGGUUCAGGUGUAACUUUAACGGAAAUGGAAGAAGCGCUGAGAGAUCAAAUACAAAUUCAACCGGAAUAUAAAACUAGAAUAUUUGUAGAAAUAAUAAAUAUGCUGCACUGGUUUGCAGGUAAACAAAUCCGUAACGUUGGAGCUAUUGGAGGAAACGUAAUGACCGGAAGCCCGAUAUCUGAUCUGGUGCCAAUAUUAAUGGCUGCUGGUACCAAACUAAACGUUGUUAAUUUAGAUGGUUGUCGCCAAAUUAUCCUAGAUCACACAUUUUUCACAGGAUAUCGUCGUAAUGUAGUAAAACCUGAUGAAAUUUUAGUCUCGCUGGAAAUUCCAUUUACAGAAAAAUUUCAAUACUUUGUAGCUUACAAACAAGCUAAGCGAAGAGACGAUGAUAUCGCAAUUGUAAAUAUGGCACUUAAUGUUAUUUUUAAAGAAAAUUCUAAUGAGAUUUUACAAGUACAUUUAGCUUAUGGAGGGAUGGCUCCGACAACAAAAUUAGCCGUGAAAACAUCUCAGACUAUGAUUGGAAAAAAAUGGGAUCCCCAAAUAUUAGAGCCAACUUAUCAAUCAUUAAUCGAUGAAUUUCCACUGUCUGAUGAUGUUCCAGGUGGAAUGGUACAUUAUCGUCGUUCUUUAACAUUAAGUUUAUUUUUAAAAGGAUUUAUACAUAUUUUUAAACAGUUACAAAUCACUUUGCCCCAUAUUAAUCAUCUUCCAAAAGAAUUACUGUCUGCUUCAAAUACGUUUCGUUACGAACCACCAAAAAGUUCGCAGUAUUUUCAAGUAGUGCCUAAAGAUCAAAGUGAUAAAGAUUUAAUUGGUCGACCUAUAGUUCAUGUAAGUGCGUUUAAACAAGUAACUGGUGAAGCUAUCUACUGUGAUGACAUUCCACAUAUUGACGGUGAGCUAUACAUGGCUUUAGUGAUGUCAACAAAAGCUCAUGCUAAAAUUAUAAAAAUUGAUGCCACAAAAGCAUUAGCUAUUGAUGGAGUGGUAGCCUUUUUUAGUGCCAAAGAUAUUCCAGAACAUAAUCGUUGGGUCGGUCCUAUUUUUCACGAUGAAGAAGUAUUUGUUUCGCUAAAAGUAACGAGUCAAGGACAAAGUCUAGGAGCUAUUGUAGCUGUAGAUCAAAUUACUGCACAAAAAGCUGCACGAGCUGUUAUUGUUGAAUAUGAAGAAUUAGAACCGAUUCUAGUGAGUAUUGAAGAUGCUAUUGAAGCUGAAUCAUUUAUGCCCAAUACGCCAAAAAGCAUCAAACAAGGGGAUGUCCAUCAAGCUUUUGCUGAAUCAGAUCAUAUUUUAGAGGGUGAGGUAAAAAUGGGCGGACAAGAGCAUUUUUAUUUAGAAACUCAUGCAACUCUUGCAAUACCAAAAGAAACUGAUGAAAUCGAACUUUACUGCUCAACCCAACAUCCCACAGAAGUUCAAAAACUUAUUUCUCAUGUCUUGGGUAUCUCUAUGAAUCGCAUUAAUGUAAGAGUUAAACGUAUGGGUGGUGGUUUCGGUGGUAAAGAAUCCCGUGGAAUGCUCGUUGCAUUACCAGCAGCACUGGCUGCAUAUAAUUUACGUAAACCUGUACGCUGUAUGUUAGAUCGUGAUGAAGAUAUGAUGAUAACCGGUGGAAGACACCCAUUUAUGUUUAAAUAUAAAGUUGGUUUUACUAAAGAUGGAUUAAUUAAAGGCGUGGAAAUAAAAAUUUAUAACAAUGGUGGAUAUUCGGCAGAUCUUUCAGUAUCUGUAUUAGAACGAUCAAUGUUUCAUUGUGAAAAUGCCUAUAAAUUUUCUGUAAUUAACGUAACUGGGUAUGCUUGUAAGACAAAUUUACCGUCUAAUACUGCAUUCCGUGGAUUCGGUGGUCCUCAAGGUAUGUUUGUAGCCGAAAAUAUCAUGUGGGAUGUCGCUAAUUAUCUUGGGAUGGAGCCGGCAAAAGUAUCAGAAAUUAAUUUGUACAAAGAAAAUGACUUAACUCAUUAUAAUCAACCCCUUAUUGGGUGUUCACUACAACGAUGUUGGCAACAAUGUAUCGUAUCAUCAAAUUAUCAUGAACGCUAUGCAGCUGUGAAAAAAUUCAAUCAAGAAAAUCGUUAUCGAAAGAGAGGAAUUUCAGUAAUACCUACAAAAUUUGGUAUUGCAUUUACAGCUUUAUUUCUUAAUCAAGGGGGAGCUCUUGUUCAUAUCUAUCAUGAUGGUUCUAUUCUUAUAAGUCAUGGUGGCACGGAAAUGGGUCAAGGACUUCAUACAAAAAUGAUUCAAGUAGCUAGCCGAAUAUUGAAAGUAAAUCCCGAUAAAAUUCACAUUUCUGAAACAGCAACUGACAAAGUACCCAAUACAUCAGCAACUGCAGCUAGUGCUGGGUCGGAUUUGAACGGAAUGGCGAUUAUUAAUGCUUGUAAUGAAAUAUUAUCACGUAUUGAACAUAUUAUUAAUGCUAAUCCGUCAGAUACUUGGGAGCAAUGGAUAUCAAAAGCAUACUUUGAACGCAUUAGCCUUUCAGCUACUGGGUUCUAUCGUACUCCUGACAUUGGAUAUUCUUUCGAUACGAAUUCCGGAAACCCAUUUAAUUAUUUUACUUAUGGAGUAGCAUGUAGUGAAGUAGAAGUUGAUUGUUUGACAGGUGAUCAUCAAGUCUUACGUACAGACAUAGUUAUGGAUUUGGGUGACAGUUUAAAUCCUGCGAUAGAUAUCGGUCAAGUUGAGGGAGGGUUCAUUCAAGGACUCGGUUUAUUUACCUUAGAAGAACUGAUUUUUUCACCAACUGGGACACUUUAUAGCAGAGGACCUGGAGCUUAUAAAAUUCCCGGAUUUGCUGAUAUUCCUCAAGAAUUUAAUGUAUCUCUUUUAAGAGAUGCACCUAAUCCACGAGCUGUUUUUUCAUCGAAAGCCGUUGGAGAACCACCAUUAUUUCUUGCAUCAUCCAUAUUUUUUGCUAUUAAAAAUGCUAUACAAGCUGCUCGUGAAGAUACCAACACUUCGAAAUUAUUUAGACUAGAUUCUCCAGCUACUGCUGCACGUAUUCGAAUUGCUUGUGUCGAUGAUUUAACUAACAAGUUUCCAACGCCAGAUAUCAAGAAAGCUUGGAACAAAAUUCUAUAAAUCAAAAUAACAUUUAAUAUCAGUUAAAUAUAUUUGUAGUUAUAAUCAUAAUAAUAAUUAAAGUAUAUACAUUACUUACAAAAUAUCAAUUAAU